AUGGAUGAUGACGAUGAUGAAUCCUGUCUCCUUGAUCUUAUUGGGGACCCACAGGCGCUGAAUUACUUUCUACACGGACCUAGUAGUAAAUCUAGCAAUGAAGACUUGACCAAUGCAGAAUAUUCUGUAGCCAACUCAAAUUCAAUUUUCGCCAACUCCAAUAACACUGAUCCUAAGUCGUCUGUAAAAGGUGUAAGUGGCCAGCUUGGAGAGGGGCCUAGUGAUGGACUGCAGCUGUCCAGUAGCCUUCAGUUUCUUGAAGAUGAACUUGUGUCUUCUCCCUUACCUGAUCUUACUGAGGAUCAGCCUUUUGAUAUUCUUCAGAAGUCCUUGCAGGAGGCCAAUAUUACUGAACAGACUUUGGCAGAAGAGGCAUAUUUGGAUGCCAGUGUAGGUUCUAGCCAACAGUUUGCACAAGCUCAGCUUCAUCCUUCUUCAUCAGCAUCCUUUACUCAGGCUUCUAAUGUUUCUAAUUACUCAGGUCAGACGUUGCAACCUAUAGGAGUUACUCAAGUGGUACAGCAACCUGUUGGAGCAUCUUUUGCAAGCAAUACGGUCGGUGUGCAACAUGGCUUUAUGCAACAUGUCGGAAUUAGUGUUCCCAGCCAGCAUUUGUCUAAUAGCAGCCAGAUCAGUGGUUCCGGGCAGAUCCAGCUAAUUGGUUCAUUUAGUAAUCAACCUUCCAUGAUGACCAUUAAUAACCUUGAUGGAUCUCAGAUAAUUCUGAAAGGCAAUGGUCAACAAACACCUGCAAACAUGAGUAGUAGCCUCUUGGUUCAUAGACAAACUCCAAAUGGUAACUCACUAUUUGGUAACUCAAAUUCAAGUCCAGUAGCACAACCCGUAACCGUUCCAUUUAACAGCACAAAUUUUCAGACAUCGUUGCCUGUCCAUAAUAUCAUCAUUCAGAGGGGUUUGGCACCAAACUCUAACAAAGUUCCCAUUAAUAUCCAACCAAAGCCUGUCCAGAUGGGUCAGCAGACUGCUUACAACAUGAAUAACUUGGGAAUACAGCAGCAUCACGUACAGCAAGGGAUUCCGUUUGCUUCUGCAAACUCGCCUCAGAGUUCGGUAGUGGGUCCUCAUAUGUCUGUGAAUAUUGUUAAUCAACAAAAUACAAGAAAAUCGGUUACCCCUCAGGCCGUUAGCAACGCUGGAGGUAGUAUUGUUAUCCAUUCUCCUAUGGGACAGCCUCAUGCACCUCAGAACCAGUUUCUCAUACCUACAAGUUUAGCUGUUAAUUCUAAUUCAGUUCAUCAUGUCCAGGCCAUAAAUGGACAGCUUCUUCAGACUCAGCCUUCCCAGCUGGUUCCCGGCCAAGUGUCUGCCGAGCAUGUAAUGCUCAAUAGGAACUCUACAAACAUGCUAAGAGCCAACCAGUCCUAUUCUGGACAGAUGCUGAAUAAUCAGAACACAGCUGUUCAGCUUGUUUCCAGCCAGACGUUCACAGCUUCUGGAAACCAAGUUAUAGUAAAUCAUGGAGCUUCACAGAUCGUUGGUGGACAGGUGCCGCUGCAGCAGGCGUCACCGACAGUGUUGCAUUUGUCACCGAAUCAAGCUAAUGUUUCUCAAGGCAGAUCGAGUUUUACUACGAUGUCACCUGGGCAGUCUACAGCCGCCAGUAUGUCAGCUUCUAAUCGAUUUGCUGUUGCAAGUUCUUCUGGUUCGGUACAUCCGAGCUUGGGACCAUCAGUUCAGUCUGUCGCGUCAGGUGGAAGCUUUACGGGAGAUCAGCUCACACAGAACAGAACUCAAGUUCCCAUCAGUGCGUCCCAGCAUCGUCUUCCCGCAUCCUCUUCCAAAUCUGUCAGCACCUUUAGUCACACUUCAAUUGGAGUAACGCAACAGCAGUUUGCCUUUGGUCAGAAAAAAGCUAUGAAUCAGACAUCACCAGUUUCUGCAUUGAAGACACAGGAUAAUUUGAGACAACCUCAGCUAACAAGUCUUCUGAGCAACACACUAUCAGGUCAGGACUCUGGAGGAAAAAUCAUACAGCAAUCUCUAGGAACAGCACAACCACAAGAAAAGGUUGUAGGAUCAUCAUCAGUUCAACAGAAUAUACAGGUGGAUGGUCAUUUAGUCGGACAGAAAAGGCCAGCUGCUAAACAGUUAACUAAAGGAGCUUUUAUUCUACAGCAAUUACAGAAGGAUCAAGUGCAUGCUGUGACACCAGAUAAAAGUCGGUUUAGAUCAUUAAAUGAUGCAGUUCAGAGACUCCUUUCAUACCAUGUAUGCCAGGGAUCACUGCCAACAGAGGAGGACUUAAGGAAAGUGGACAGCGAGUUUGAAUCUGUAGCUGCACAGCUUCUGAAGAGGACACAGGCUAUGCUGAACAAAUACAGAUGUUUGCUUAUAGAAGAUGCAAUGCGGAUAAAUCCCUCUGCAGAAAUGGUUAUGAUUGAUAGGAUGUUUAACCAGGAAGAAAGGGCAUCUCUCACCAGGGAUAAGCGUCUUGCACUUGUGGAUCCUGAUGGUUAUCAGGAUGAUUUUUGCUGUUCUGCCAAACAAUUUGAUAAAACAGCUGAAGAAGCACAGUCCAGUAAAAGUGACCACCAGUCUAGCAAAACAUUACCUUCUCGAAGUCAGACUACCAAAACUCAAGCCAGAGACCGACCAAAAUCCAGCUCAGCAGAGUCUGCAAAUCACAGUAAACUUCCUCUAGUGCCUAACAACGUUCUGACACCACACGAAGGAAUUGCUUCUACUAAAAAGUCGGAGAGCCUCACUAAAGCUUUAAAGUUUGAAAAAGCUAAUUGUUCUUCGGAGAGCCAGUAUGUGGCCCUUUCUGAAGAAAAGCUGGCUGGGAAAGAGCUUGCAAGGUCCACUGAGAAUUCUUCGAAUUCUGAAGACUUGUCAAAAACUGUGUCAAGAAGCAGUCAUGGAACACACAAUAAAAUAUCAAGGAACACAGUUCAGUCUUUCUCAAAGGUAACAUGUAAUAAUUCCCUCCAAGAGAAAACUCUGAGGAGCUCUCCAAAGAAUGAGGUUUUACAUCCCGAUAGCAGGAAAGGCUCUGGUGAACCCCAGCAAGACUUACUGCUCAGUAAGAGUUUAGAAACUACGUUUAAAAACAUCUUGGAACUUAAAAAAGCUGGGAGACAGCCACAGAAUGAGGCGGCGAGUAGUGGCUCGGUCGAAUUAGAAUUUCCUAAUUUUUCGCCUAUUGCUUCACAGGAGAACUGCCUGGAAAAAUUUAUUCCAGACCACAGUGAAGGUGUUGUAGAAACUGACUCUAUUUUAGAAGCAGCUGUAAAUAGUAUCUUAGAGUGUUAA